CGCUGAUUAGACAGUAUGAUGUUCUCUUUGGGUGCGCGGAUAUCACACCAUAAAGCUACACCUUCCUGUUGAACUAACACCUCUGAUACUUAUACAUUUCACGCUGUUGAAAUUCAGAAUGGAAGUGUAGGCUGAAUAAGAGGACACUGGCAUAAGAGGCGUUCCUUGGGUGGAAGUCUGCGCACGGAAUCCUGCCCUUCCGGACAGAGCGCGCGCAUUCACAUCUCUGCCCGCAGGAGCGCUCAGCUGUCUGGUGCGACAAGUCACCGGCCACCGUCCAAACUAGUCCUGUUCUCUGCCAGGUGUUGAUUUUGUUGUCCGCCAAGUCUGUCUAACGGGUCUGAGCAACGGGUGACCCGUUACACGCUACUUGGUCUCCAAGCCUGGUGCAUCUACACCCCUGCUCCUCCUGCUACACCUGGGUUCUACCCACAUCUUCACUGAGAGGAAGGACGAAUCCAGUCGAGAGUCUACGGUUCUUUAGAGAGCUGCCAUGGUCCCAGACAGAUGAUUUGACCAAGGAAGAUUUCAGCGACCGUCUCCCAGCCGGUUAUUAUGGGGUGUGUCCACUGCAAACAGAAAAAGGCAGCCAAAGCGGCGUCUGUUGCCGAGGUUGCAGAUCCAUUUCCUGGCAACGUCGACGGGGGCGUGUCCACUGUCUUGACCCCUCCCCGUUACUGCCCUGACCCCACCCAGACCAUCCCUGACUUCAACAAGCCGUUUGGCACUGCUCUUUUCCCUAGCACCCACACACAGCCUCGUGCCGGAGGAAUCACAGGUGGAGGGGUCACUCUCUUCAUAGCUCUCUAUGACUACGAUGCUCGCACCGAAGAUGACCUCACCUUCCAGAAAGGAGAGAAGUUCCACAUAAUCAACAACACAGAGGGAGACUGGUGGGAGGCUAGGUCGUUGGACACAGGGAACUCUGGCUACAUCCCCAGCAACUAUGUAGCCCCUGUGGACUCUAUACAGGCUGAAGAGUGGUAUUUUGGGAAGAUGGGGAGGAAGGAUGCAGAGAGACAGCUGCUGGGACAGGGGAACCCCAGAGGAACCUUCCUCAUACGAGAGAGUGAGACGACCAAGGGGGCCUACUCUCUGUCCAUCCGUGACUGGGAUGAGAGCAAGGGGGAUCACGUAAAGCAUUAUAAGAUCCGCAAGCUGGAUAAUGGCGGAUAUUAUAUCACCACGCGGACACAGUUUGACACAGUGCAAGAACUGGUUGAGCAUUACACAGGCAGUAAUGACGGGCUGUGUUACUACCUCACCCAAGCCUGUCUCAACUCCACCCCCCUCACCAACGGUCUGGGGCGGGACGCUUGGGAGGUUUCCCGGGAAACGCUGUCCCUCCACAAGAAGCUGGGGCAGGGCUGCUUUGGAGACGUCUGGAUGGGCAUGUGGAACGGCACCACCAAGGUGGCGGUGAAGACCCUGAAGCCGGGCACCAUGUCUCCUGAAGCCUUCCUGGAGGAGGCCCAGAUCAUGAAGAGACUCCGACAUGACAAGCUGGUGCAGCUGUACGCUGUGGUGUCUGAGGAGCCCAUCUACAUCAUCACCGAGUUCAUGAGCCAGGGCAGUCUGUUGGACUUCCUUAAGGAUGGAGAAGGGACCAGUAUCAAACUGCCUCAACUGGUGGACAUGGCUGCACAGAUUGCUGCAGGGAUGGCAUACAUAGAGAGGAUGAACUACAUCCAUCGUGAUUUGCGAGCGGCGAACAUUCUGGUUGGGGAAAAUCUGGUGUGCAAGAUCGCUGACUUUGGUCUGGCCCGUCUCAUUGAGGACAACGAGUACACCGCCAGGCAAGGGGCCAAGUUCCCAAUCAAAUGGACCGCCCCCGAGGCGGCGUUGUACGGACGCUUCACCAUCAAGAGCGACGUGUGGAGUUUUGGCAUCCUGCUGACUGAGCUCAUCACCAAGGGCCGCGUCCCAUACCCAGGGAUGAACAACCGGGAGGUCCUGGAGCAGGUGGAGCGCGGCUACAGGAUGCCGUGUGCCGUGGGCUGUCCCGCCUCCCUCCAUGAGCUCAUGGUGCAGUGCUGGAGGAAGGAGGCUGACGAGAGGCACACCUUUGAGUACCUGCAGGGCUUCCUGGAGGAUUACUUCACGGCUACUGAACCCCAGUACCAGCCAGGGGAGAACCUGUGACCACACACACACAAACACAUAAACAGUUACAUGCAGAUGGACACACACACACACACACACACACAGUGUCUUAUGCAUAAACCGUUUCAUGCAAAUGCACACACACAUACGCGCACACAUUGUCACACUCAUCAACCAUUCCAUGCAGAUCUACAUACACAGAGAAACACACUAUGUUUAUAUAUAACAAAGAUAUAUGACAGGCUUUUUUGGUUCACUCCUGUCAGAGGUCAGGCCAGAUUAAUCAAAUAUGAGCCGUGGUGUCUGGGCUCUAAUAGUCAGGCCUGGAGGAGCUGUAAUUAUACUGAUGUCAGUAUUUGCCUUGACGCUUUCAUCUAUAAUCAUGACAACAAGGACACAUACAGCACAAGAGCAAGAUAGGGUGCACUGUGGGUAAGAGUUGUGUGUCACAACAGUACUGAUCCCGGGUCAAAUGUAUGCUCACCUCUGAACUAAUAAUCUUUUCAGACUUCAUAGGUUAGAAGCUGAUCACAGAUCUGUGUCUAAACCUCUAGCAGAAUAUCUGGGAUCAGGGAAAAGUAUAGAACUGAUGCCAGUAUGCCUAAAUGCUUUAUUCAGGAUAGGUGAUCAAAUGCAUUUCCACAAGUUCCUUUUUUACUCUGUAACCAAACUUUGAAGGAUGGAAUGAUCUUGAUGUUUAGUAUAACUAUCCCUGUCUUGUUUUAAUUUAAUGCCAGUAUAUUUUUCUCUUAGCUAACAUAUACACAGCUUUAAACCAAUGGGAGGGCAAGUUGUGGGGUCACACCGAUGCUCAUAGGUGAAAGGUCAAAGGGUCAGUAGAGAAAAGGAUGUUCUGAGUGUUUUGAAUGUUGUCUGUAUGUCUUGUUUUUGUAGCUGUGGAAUAAAGCUCAAUACCUUAUUAUCUUCGGA